GGAAGGGCAGCUGCUGCGCUUAAAUUCGGAGGCGAUGUGCAGGGCGUAGGGAGGGGUUCCGAGGAGCAGAAUUGUGGCCUUGCGGAAGCCGGCGAGAACUGCUAAGGCACCUGUUGCCCCUGUCAAGCAGGGUAUAUCAUGAUUUCUUUUGGAGGAAUUGCUGCCAAGCUGGAAAGAGACCGCCUGCGAGCUGAGGGUGUGGGUAAUCACCAGAAUUCUGUGAAGCACCUUGGUCAAAAUUAUGAUACCCUGAAGCAAGAAUGUUUGGAGAAUGGAACAUUAUUUGAAGACCCCCUAUUUCCUGCUGUUCCCUCAGUCCUUGGCUUCAAGGAACUGGGCCCUAAUUCUGGCAAGACCCAGGGGGUGCGCUGGAAGCGCCCAUCAGAAAUUGUAGAUGACCCUCAGUUUAUUGUUGGAGGUGCAACAAGGACAGAUAUCUGCCAAGGGGCUUUGGGUGACUGUUGGUUAUUGGCUGCCAUUGGUUCCCUGACUCUCAAUGAGGAACUCUUACAUCGGGUUGUACCCCAUGGACAGAGCUUCCAGGAGGACUAUGCGGGUAUUUUCCAUUUUCAGAUAUGGCAAUUUGGCGAAUGGGUAGAUAUAGUAAUAGAUGACAGAUUACCAACCAAAGAUGGAGAACUUGUGUUUGUGCACUCGGCUGAGUGUCAAGAGUUUUGGAGUGCUCUGCUGGAAAAAGCUUAUGCUAAGUUGAAUGGCUCUUAUGAAGCCCUGUCAGGGGGCAGCACCACCGAAGGUUUUGAAGAUUUCACAGGUGGUGUGGCAGAAAUGUAUGAUCUUAAGAAACCACCACGCAAUUUAUCCAAAAUCAUUUGCAAGGCCCUUGAGAGAGGAUCUUUGCUUGGCUGUUCCAUUGAUAUUACAAGUGCAUUUGACAUGGAAGCAGUUACCUUCAAGAAACUAGUGAAGGGUCAUGCCUACUCAGUCACAGGAUUUAAAGGGGUGGAGUAUCGUGGCCGUCAAGAAGAGCUAAUUCGCAUAAGGAAUCCCUGGGGUCAGGUCGAAUGGACUGGCGCAUGGAGUGAUAGCUCUUCUGAAUGGAAUGAAGUAGAUCCUGAUGAGAAGGAUGAAUUGCAACUGAAGAUGGAAGAUGGUGAAUUCUGGAUGUCUUUUCGAGACUUUAUGCGUGAAUUUUCUAGACUUGAGAUCUGUAAUCUCACCCCAGAUGCUCUGAUAAACGAUGAGACAAAGAAAUGGCAUACUACAUUAUUUGAGGGGGGCUGGCGACGGGGCAGUACUGCUGGAGGAUGCAGAAACCAUCCAGCUACGUUCUGGGUUAAUCCACAAUUCAAAAUCAAGCUUUUAGAAGAAGAUGAUGACCCAGAUGAUGAUGAAAUAGCAUGCAGCUUCUUAGUGGCUCUAAUGCAAAAACAUCGAAGAAAAGAGCGACGCGCUGGAGGAGACAUGCACACCAUUGGCUUUGCCGUCUAUGAGGUUCCUGAAGAGGCCCAGGGCUUGCAAAGUGUUCACCUGAAGAAGGACUUCUUUCUGAGGAACCAGUCUCGAGCACGUUCAGAGACCUUUAUCAACCUGCGAGAAGUGAGCAAUCACAUUCGCCUGCCACCUGGUGAAUACAUCAUAGUUCCCUCCACCUUUGAGCCCAACAAAGAAGCAGACUUCAUCCUGCGCGUCUUCACAGAGAAACAGUCAGACACGGAGUUGCUUGAUGAUGAGAUCUCUGCAGAUCUACCAGAUGAGGAAGAAAUAUCUGAGGAUGAUGUAGAUGAAAAUUUCAGGAAUAUGUUCCAGCAGCUUGCAGGAGAAGACAUGGAAAUCAGUGUUUUUGAACUCAAAACUAUUUUGAAUAGAGUCAUUUCUAGACACAAAGAUCUGAAGACUGAUGGAUUCAGCAUGGAUUCUUGUCGCAACAUGGUCAAUCUGAUGGAUAAAGAUGGCAGUGCUCGUCUGGGUCUUAUAGAAUUUCAGAUUUUGUGGAACAAAAUCAGGAACUGGCUGAAUGUAUUUCGCCAGCAUGACCUGGAUAAAUCAGGAACUAUGAGCUCUUAUGAGAUGCGUCUGGCCUUGGAAUCAGUUGGUUUUAAACUGGACAACAAGUUGCAUCAAGUGAUAGUGGCACGCUAUGCUGACGAAUCAAUGGGUGUGGACUUUGAUAACUUUGUCUGCUGCUUAAUCAAGCUGGAAACUAUGUUCAGAUUCUUCCAUAGUUUGGAUUCAGAAGGCACUGGGAGUGCUGUGAUGAACCUUGCUGAGUGGCUGACAUUCACAAUGUGCGGCUAAUGCAGUGAUGGCACUUCAUAAAGACCACCUAAAGAAACUAGGCUAUCCUGAGUGUCUUCCAUAUGUCGGAUCUACAGACAUAGGAUGGCCCAUCAACCCUAUCUGUUCUUUGCCACUGCAUCCAGUCCAGAACCUGCUUUCUUCUUCCUCUCAGCAAAAGACCCAACAAUAUCCUGUGAUUUAUGUUCUCUCAGAUUUACAUGUCAAAGCUUCUUCAGGAAGCAGGCUAUUUCCUGCUGUUAGCAUAGCUCUUGACAGCAGCAUUUUAGGAACUGGGGAAAAGCGAGUGAGGGGGCACGGAUGCAUGUUUGUUCAUACAUUGCAUGCACAUUUUAGUUAUGUUAUUGAGCUUAUCAAGAGGGACUGCCUUUGGGAGUUAGCAAGAGGCAGGAUUGCAGUUCAGUUAGUCUUACCCUCUUCACUGGCUAUGGCUGAUUUUGACCUUGCAAGAAAGCCUCACUCUCUUUGCUGGGCAGUUCUGCAUCUACUACUUAGCUUUUUUUUUCUGUGGGAAAGUUACAAAGGGAAUUGCGUCCCUAAUUCAACUUUCAACACAAUGCUUUUAAAGUAAUGCAGUGACACUCUGAAGUAGUGCCAAAGGUUGGUGAAAUCAGGCAUUUGCCAAGACGACUAAGAAUCUACUGUCAAAAAGGGCCACUAUUUUCACUUUAUGAAAGAACUCAACGAAGUCAGAGGCAGAGGGAGAACUCUCAGUUUAAAAGCCCUGUUUCUUCUAAGGGAUGGGACUGCAUUGAGAGUCCCUGUAUUUCAUAAACUGUACCAGAAACAGAAGUGAUCCAUAGUGAGGUUUCUCUUUGUUCACUAUUAGAUUAGAAAAGCUAAUCAUCCAACUCAUUAGAACAGGCUGAGCUAAGCAACUUGUCCUGCUAGAUUUGUACAAAAUCCUAGGUAGAAAAUGGUUGAAAAACAUCUUUACCAAUGACCACACUGGAGAGCGUAGCCCCCCUUCCCCCGCAUCCAACGUAAGAACAGUCUUUCUAGAUUUAUGAAUUUAAAGUUUUAAAAACUAAUAUAGAAAUAGUGAAGUGUGCUGAAGGGUAUGCUUUCCUAUUUUUUUUUUAAUUUAUCUCCACUAGAGCUUGGAGAUUUUUAACAAUGAAAAUACUUUUUUUUUUAAGCAAAACUAAAGUGUCUCUUGAAUUUUAUGUUUUAUACAUAGUAAAUGAGAACAUCAACAUAUUACAAACAUAGCCUUCUAUUUCAGAAUAUUUUCUGUUCCUAUGCAACUAAAGAUGUUGUUCUGACAGGGUCUGGUGAAUGGGCUAGACUUCUGUUGAAGUUGUAAGCAUAGAUCAGGUCACCACAUGCCUUGUACUCCAAGCUUUAAGAGCAAUAUCUUGUGACUUAAUUGAAGGAAAAUGUUAUUUCUGAGUGUUGUUUCCAAUCAUGCCUCUGACUUGUCCUUGGCUAAAAAUAUCUCUUUUUUUUGCUAAUAGCUUUAAUAUUCUGAAGGUAUCUGAGUGGAAUAAAAUGUCUACACAGGAAAUACAGUACUUGUAGAUCACUUCUUACUACUAAGUCGCUGUAGUACUAUUGAAUAGAAUAUCCUUUCAGGUAAUGCUUCCCAUCCUACAUUCAUUGAAUAGGACCAGGCUAAAUGUUCCCAUCUAAUCUGCAGUCUCAUCUUUCUGCAAAUGUCCAACUUGCAUAGUUAAGUAAUUAUGCAAAACGGGAGUUUGUGCUGUAUAGACAUGAUCUCAAAAUUGUGGUCUUAUUCUUGAUUAACAAGCACAAAACAACCAUUUAUAAGAAUAUCUACUAAAGCCUAAUGCUUUUAAGUUAGAAAUGUUGCAGAGGGGGAUCCUAUGUUAUUGGGCACUAAAUGAAGAUUGUGAGAGGAGUAUGCUUUACUAACCAAAUAAGGAAAUUAUUUAUAUCUUCUGGGCCUUCGUAGGAAGAUUAUUCAUUUGAUUAAAAGGAUGAGGUCACCACUCUGUAAUCUAUUCCUUUAAAAGGAGGGGGGGACCCUGUUUUCUGUAUUCAAGUCACAUACACUAAGAAAGUGCAGAUUUGCAAAGUGCAUACAGUAAACAGUACAUUCUUUCCCCAAGAGUUAGAUUUUCAGAAAUCUUUACAAAAACUGCUGCUGGAGAAAAGUGGGAGUAGAAGAUUAAGUUUGUAAUAUGGAUCUGAGGUUUAGGUAGUUAAGUCCCAGCAGGGGAAGAGGGGCCAAUGUGCUGAACUAGGACUACCAGAUCUGGGCUUUAGAAGUACAAAUGGCUACUAAAUGGCAUAGUUCUGUGCAUUUAUUUCACUUGACAUUGUAGUCAUCCACAGCUUCCAUAUCACUCCUGUAAUAAUAGAAUAUUCCUCUGCGCAAUAUUGAUCCAAACUCAUGCCUUGGUUGUGUCCAGAGGCUGGCAAUGACGUCACUGCUUUCUUGCAAGGAUGUAUAUACUCUCUUGCUGCCUUCUCCCAAAUUGCAACAUAUGUAAAAUAAUAGAAAUUUAUCAAAUUCUGUUCAUACAUAUUUUGUGUUUGUGUGUGUGCAUGCAUGCAAUUCUAUUAAUAAUGGUUAAAAUUAUUGGAAACAAAUGGAUUUUACUAGGAACCAUUUGUCAAAGCAGGUUUCAUAAAUAUUUUUACAAAAAUUUGCAGACUACGUUAAAAAAAAAAACUACUGUUCAAUUGCAUGAAAAAUGUUAUAUACUGUAUACUACCAACAACUAAUUAUGAAACAUCCAAGGAUAAAAAUACCAUUUAUGCUUUGUUAAAAUGAAAAAAAUAACAUAAUGGAAGGGUACUGUUUCCAAAAUUAAAUGUACCAUGUAUUUGCUGCUUGUACAGGGUAAGAUGGUUAAAAUUCAGAAAAGGUGGAAGUAAAUGCAACCUAGUGUCCAAGCCAUAUCUGUAUUACUUUUACAGUCUUAAAAAUAGGAGGAAUUGUCUGCAGAUAGAAAAACCUGAUUCUGAUGAAAGAUUCUUGGAAAUUCUAAUGGUUGAAUAUUAUUUCAUAAGCUUCUAUUGAACUGAUUGCAAUAUUUCUGCCUUAAUAUAGAUAUGAAUGGUUUUACCUGCCAUAA